AUGCAGAGACACUCCGGCCAGGAAGUGCAAGGUUCCCAGCUGCUCAGCACUAAGCUUGAUGUGUCUGAUGAGGAGUAUGGCCGAGACCAAAAGAGGCAUUAUCAGGACAAACGCUCAUUGCUGGGCGGGACUCUGAGCAAAGGGACACAGUACAUCCGUGCACCAUACGAGUACAAAGAGCUUCUACAUAUCACCUCGUUUCUGCUUCAGAGCACCCCUGGGAGGAACCGCUCGCCCUCCCCGCGCCGGCACGCGCGCGCACACAAAGUUCUGGAGGUCCCGGUGCGGCCGGGAUCUCGGGGCUUGGGAGUGGACACUGGGCUGGCGAGGUCCAGGCGGGACCUCAGCUCGGCUCCCCCCGGGGGACUGCCCUCCGCCCCCGCCGCCGCGCCCCGCGCCCGGCGCCCGGCUCUGCCCUUCGGCUCGGCCUUCCCCGCCUCGCAUCCGUGCCAUCGGCGCUCGAUUGCGCGCGGACUCCCUGUGGCUCUUCCCGGCUCGCUCGCUCUCUCUCGCUCGCUCGCGCCCGGCCGCGCCGCCCCUCCUGCGCCCGCCCCCGCCCCCGCCCCCUCCUCCUCCCGUGCAACUUUUGCCGGAGCCCCCGCGCACAGCCAUGCUGAGCUGAGCCCCGGCCGGGCCCUGGCCGCCGCCGCUGCCCGCCCCGGCUCCCGCCCUCGCGGACCCGCUCGGGGCCGCGGCCGCCCGGCCCUCGGCCUCGGCGCUCCGCCCGCCCGUCCGCCGGUCCGUCCGUCCGUCCGUCCGCCGGCCGGCCGAGCCCCGCGCAGGGCCCGGGCCGCGGCGGCGGCGGCGGCGGUGGCGGUGGCGCGCCCGCCCGGCCCCCUCCCCCGGCGCCGGCCAAGUGAGGCGGUGAUGCGGGCGCUGGCGGCCUCGGCUGCGCCGAGAGCGGAGACACAGGCUCAAGAUGGCAGAUUCCGACUGAGGCUGGGGGGGCCGAGCUCGCGCGCCGCUUUCCCUUCUCCGUUGCCAUGA